AUGGAUGAGAAUGGAAUGUUGUCACCACAAGAGGCUCAAAAGAAGGCAGAACUUCUAUUGAAAGAAAAUUACUCACAGCUAAAUAAUGAUGAGGACCUUAUCAGGAUUUGUUCAGCCGUGAACAAAGUCGUAACAGACGAUGGCCCUGAGGGUUGUGAUAGAGCAAAGUUGAUAUACGAAUGUUUAAUAGAAAAUGGUCCCAAAGCCAUAUCACUGACAGAGCAGACUAUAAUCAGAACUAAACUGUUUGCAGUUGCAUUAGAAUGUAUACAGUCUAAUCCUCUGACAUUCACUCAAAUAAAAUCUUUUAAAAACAACAUCGUUCCGGAUCAACGAAACGCAAAAUGUUUUACUGCCUGUUUGUACAAGAAAAUAGGAUUAAUGGAUGAUAUGGGUAUGCUAUCACCAGCUAGUGCUCGGAAACAGGCAGAGAUCGUGUUCAAAGAAGACGAAGAAACACUUAAAAAUGUUGAUAGAAUUAUGCAGCAUUGCUUAUAUGGUAACUUACUGAUGUUGUACGAAGUAUUUUUAAUAGCGUGA